CUGAUCGCGCGAUACAUCUACCAGCACACCGGCAAGAUACGCAGCCGUAAACAGGUGUCCAGCCACAUACAAGUGCUUGCACGUCGGCGCUCCAAAGAGCUACAGUCCCAGAUCAAGGAUCCGGACACCAAGCAGAAGGCGAUCCAACACCUCUCGAUGCUGAGCAGUGCUCAGAUCGUCAGUGCCAGCUCGAUCAGCCCGAAAGCGCUGGUGGCAGCGGCUCAAGCUGCCGCCGCCUCCGCGGCCAUCGCGGCGGCUGUGGCCUCCUCCUCCUCCUCCUCCUCGUCCUCCUCUUCUUCCUCUUCAUCACUCUCCUCCUCAUCGUCUUCAUCCACCUCCUCCUCUGCCUCUUCAUCUUCCUCUAUUCCCUCCGCCUCGGCCAAAAUGGCCACCUCCGCGAUGACGACCACCACGGAAAUUGCAUCAACAGAGCUGACCGCAACAACCACUACAAUGCCGGUUAGCAACGGCAUCGGUUCAGGAGGCUCAAUGAACUGUGCCACGCUGGCACAUGUCACUGAGGCGACACCACCUUGUCUGUUAGCAGCCACCAACUCUUGCCUGAGUCAUAGUCUUGACCUUCUCGGCGUCGGGAUAGGCGGAGGUAAGCGGCCGUCAUGGCGAAUCCUGGCGUCUGGCUUUAGCGGCCUGGACACUGUCAGUUGA